UUCACGCUCCAAGUGCCCAAUCUUAUUGCACAGAGCAUGUGAAUCUCCUGUCCCUAUGCAACACCCCCAGAGCCUUCUGUCUGCCAGCAUUGCUCUGAAGCUGAACUCCAAUCCCACCAGAGGGAAUCAGGUUGGACACUGCAUAAGCUACCAGAGUUGUUUUCAAAAGAGCCAGUGGACAAUGUACCCUCAGUAAGCCUCAGCUUGCACAUCUAGAGAGGCUUUCUUCAAACUUCAUGCAGAUCCUGGGUAGUGUCUUUUGUAGCUCUCCAUCCACCAAUCCACUUGGCUCUGUGUACAGCCCAAUAGAGGUCACCUUGGGGGCCCACAACAUCAAAGAACAAGAGAACACCCAGCAGGUCUUCUGUGUACAAAACGCAUUUCCUCACCCAGAUUAUAAUCAGAAAAAACACAUCAACGACAUCAUUUUGCUGAAGCUGGAGAAAAAGGCCAAGCUGACUAAAGCUGUGCAGCUCCUCAGGCUGCCCAAGGGCAGGACCCAGGUGAAGCCAGGUAUCCGGUGCCAGGUGGCUGGAUGGGGACGAUUUUCCCCAGGGGGAAGAUUUCCAAGCACACUGCAGGAAGUGGAGAUGGUAGUGCAGAAUGAUGAGAAAUGUGAGGACCCCUUUAAAAAGUAUAAUCGUGCUACUGAGAUUUGUGUGGGAGACACAAAGAAUAAAAAUACUUUGUUUAAGGGUGACUCCGGAGGCCCCCUGGUGUGUAAUAAUGUGGCACAGGGCAUUUUCUCCUAUGGACGAAAGAAUGGAAAAACACCAUGUAUCUUUAUUAAAGUCUCAUGGUUUCUACACUGGAUAAAGAAUACUAUGAAAGAGAGCUGACUGCACACAGUAAAGUAAAUCCCCUCUAUGAGCAACCAUCUUACCUGGAGCUGAGUGUAGAAUCACUCUAGAGCAGAUGCCAGCAACUAAAUAAAUGUUAUAUCUCGGUG